AUGGCUUCUUUGGAAAAAAAUAGAUCCAAGGAGUACAUACUCCGUAUGAACACCAAGGACAGAAUGCCUAGAUACAGCUAUUAUUUUUCAAACAGUUCUAAUAUAAUAUCUUCUAUGAGGUCCUCUUUAUCUGUUGACGAUGAAAAAACUCGGAGCGUCUCCCCGAAUUUUGGUAUACCUGGCUUAUAUGACACUAAAUAUCAAAGAAACAUCGAAAGCGAGAGUCAUGAUAAAACACAUAUAAACAUCAGCUAUACAUCUAAUCAUUCUAACUUUGAAACCUACUCAAAUGAUCAAGGCGAAGAUAUGAUUGGUGGACUAGAUAGAGAAGAUGAAUUGAGACAUACUACAAUACCGGAUGAAGAAAAUAAUACUAAAUCAAACAUUGGAACAAAUAACUUAGAAAUUGAUCCCAGCUCUACCCAUAGAUAUAAAAUCGACAGAUGGUGUAAAAGAUAUGCAAACGGGAAUAUGGAAACAUUUAGGAAUAUUCAAAGAGAAAAAAUGUUUGAUAAUGAACAAAACAUGAAUUAUAAUAAUGGAUAUAAUCUUGAAUCGUUGGAUGAGCUCAAUAUUAGAGUUAUAUAUAAUAAAGGUCAGAUUGCCAGUCUUGGGAAAUUUGAUCCUUCUGUUCUAAAAACCGGUGAUAUUAUUAUUAAUAGAUAUUUAAUAGAAUUUGUAUUGUCCUCUUCCACAUUUUCUACGGUUGUUAGGGCUAUUGACCAAACUUCAAAUGUUAAGGUUUCAAUCAAGAUAAGUAUCUCAGAAUAUAUAACUCAAGCCAUUGACGAAAUAAUUUUAUUGAAGUAUCUUAAUUCUAAGGGUUCUGAUGGAAUAAACUAUAUUGUAAAUCUUUUGGAUUACUUCUUUUAUAAGGGUUGCAUAUUUAUGGUCACUGAACUACUGGGAAGUAACUUAUAUGAAAUCAACAAUAUUAAUUCGUUAAAUCAAAUAAAUUUACCAAGUAAUCCGACCAGUAAAGCAAAUUCUAUAAAUAGGAAAGGUGGAUGGUCAUUGGACGAAAUAAGGUCCGUAGCACAUGAUAUUUUGAGAGCAUUAAAUCAUUUACACGACUCUGGAAUAAUUAACUGUGAUCUUAAACCCGAAAAUAUAUUAAUUAGACCUUUAAAUGCACUAGAAAAAAACACUAUAAAUGUAAAAAUGAUAGAUUUAGGAUCUAGUUGUUUUAUUCAAGAUAAACUGAAUACAUAUGUACAAAGUCGAUCUUAUAGAGCUCCUGAAGUGGUUUUUGGCUUACCAUACGAUACACAAAUUGAUAUAUGGAGUUUGGGGUGUACUUUGUGUGAAAUAUAUAUGAAACGUAUACUAUUUCCCAGUGAUAAUAAUGCUUCAUUGAUCGCGUCGAUGAUUAGUUUGCUGGGAGUGCCACCACUCUACAUGUUACAAUAUAAAAUGAAUAAGGCAUUUAUAGUUCUGCCAAGUGGAGAUGUUGUAGAUUUUGAUGCACCUAAACACCUAUUAAAUUCAGUUCCAAAUCACAAAAACAUUGAUACACUAUUACCCACCAGUAUUUCAGAAACAUACUUGUUAAAAGGCUCUAACACAACUUCGAAGGAUGUAGAAAACAACGGCUCAGAUUUACACAGCGUAAUUGGGAAAGGGCCUAGAUGGUCACAUUUUGAUGCUGAUUAUAAUCAGACCUUAGGUACAAAUAUUGCAGAUUCCAAUAGUACGCAUCUCUUUACAAACAACUAUACCAGAAUAUAUGAAAAUAAUUCGACUAAUAGUGAUGUGCGCCAACAAAAACCUGUGAAAUAUGACUGUGAUUGUAACAAAAUUGGUAGGGAUCACGCGGAAAAACAUAUGCGCAUAAUUCGUCCGUUUGUAACAUCCAUAGAUAUGAUGCUAGAACUGGAUAAAUCUGAAGACAUAGUUGUUUUCAUAGAUUUUAUCAGAGGACUUCUUCAAUAUGAUCCUAUAGACAGAAUGACCGCCAAAGAAGCAUUAUUACACCCAUUUAUUACAAAAAUAAAACGAUAA